AUGCUGUGGAGUCCCGAUUCGGUGAUAGCGGCCGAUAUUCCUUCAAUUGCGGGUUUACAUCGUGAUAGUGCAAUUAAGGUUUUCUUAAAGCUUAAACCAGCUCAAGAUGAGAUGUCACAGCUACGAUAUAAAGUGAAGGAUUCUCAAACCAUCGUUCUGGAAGGUCCAAGGCGAUCAGAGCCAAUUCAAGGUCAGGAUCUGGAGCUUUUUGUUUUCGACGGGAUCGAGGAUAUAGAAACAGAGACCAUUGAAGUCAGUAAUUCCAUUGUAAAUGAUAGUGUGAAGGAGCUUCUGGAUGGAUACAAUGUUGCCAUUAUGGCUUACGGACAGAAUGAGUCUGGGAAGACGCAUGCAAUGCUUGGCCGCGAUGGGAAUGAUGGCCUGGUACAAUCUACGUUUAAGCAGCUUUUUAAUGAAAUACUUCGAGAGGAGGCAAGAAAUGUAGACUUUACUUUGAGUCUGAGUAUUGUGGAGGUAUAUUGUGAAGAAAUAAGGGAUCUUUUAGCUCUGCCGGAUCGUAGGAAGCCGUUGAAAUUGCGUGCCGAUUCGAAUCAAUCAACUCUCCACGUCAAGGAUCUGUCAAGCGUUACCGUAUCUUCUCUCUCUGAGACACUAUCAUGUUUACAAAAAGCCAAAGUCAACCAGAAUAGUGGCGGGAAGCGAAUGCCGUCGAGAGCUAGUGUGAUUAUCAAGCUUUCCAUUAACCAACGAAAUAAUGACGAGGAGAUAGUAAAGGCAAGCACCUUGCAAAUGAUCGAUCUCGCAAGUUCAGAUAAAGUUCAUAAAGAUAGCGGUCCAUCGCUGGGUACUGAAGACGCCAGAAAAAUAAACAUUUCAAUGGAUGCGAUAGAUAAUGUUGCUCGGUCCUUAGCUGGUUCUAAGUUGACUGUCAGUGAUACAAGGCCACCCGCUAGCAAGCAUCAAAUUCCGUAUAUGGAAUCCUCCCUCACGCAGCUUUUAAGGGAAGUCAUUGGCGGUAAUUACAGAACAACUGUGCUGUUAACAUGUUCAACAAAGAAGGAGGAUGAAGCAGAGACUUUGCAAAGCCUGAAUUUCGGGGCUAACAUGAGGCUUAUCAAAAACUCUGUGAGUCAGAACAAGUCUGGAUUUAACUCCAAAAAGAUCCUUGAUUUGCUAAUGAAAGACUUCAGUGUAGAGCGUGCCAAUUACAUAUCAAGAAUCGAGCAGCUUCAAAACGAAAUGACUCUCAUAAGGCGAAAGGAACGAGAAAAAGAUUACAUCCAAUCAGAUAUUCUGUUGACUGAAAAUAGUAACCUGAAAGCUCAAGUUGAUUCGCUUUCACAGCUGCUUAACAGCGAUGGCAAAAAGACUAAAGACGAAGAGCAUUCCAGAAUAUUAGAAACCUUGAUGGAGAAAUGUGAAAGUGUGAUCCAGCUCCAAAUGAAAUUGGAUAACGAAUGUUCUCGGACUGCUCAUCUUAGAUCUGAGCUCGAAUUUAAUGUAUCAAGAGAGCAAGCCCUAGAAGCUAUGAACUUGAAGCUUUUGCAUCAGCUACAAGAAAACGAAGAUGAGCUUAAGCAAGUUCUUGCGUCGAACUUCAGCCUUAAGCAAGAUCUCGAGAAGUGGCAGAACCUGGCAGCUACACGAUUAGAAAAAAAUGAAAGUCUUGAAAGUUUAUUAACCGUUAACAAUGUUGGGAGGCACGACGAUCGAAAUAGAAGAUCAUCGGCUUCAUCCGCAGGCAGCUUUAUGGCCCAAAUUGACGAAAAUUCUCAGUUUAGAAAGAGCUCUUGGCUCUUUGGCCAUUCUAGUACCAACAGCAGAGCUAUGCGGCAGGCAUCUGUGGACAGUGUGAGAUCCAAUACCUCCCAGGAGCUUUCAAGGCCGAAAGUUUUGAAAAACGGUCUCAACUUGAAUGCUGUGAGCGGUGAUGCAGAAAGCUUCCAUAGCAAAUGA